UCUACACCAACACAAACACCAAAAGCCACCUACUUCUGCUUUUUAUUUCAAUUUUGACCUUCUCAACUCAACAUCCCACUUUCGCUCACUCAAUUAGAGUUUCUCCUUUGUCAUUUCAAUUUAAUUUAACUUUGCCGUUAUCUUCAACGUAUUAGACUGUGAAGAAGAUCUGUAGGGUCUGUUUCUAUAUUGGCGUUUUCUUUGUAUUUUACUCCCUCUAGUCAGACCCUUUCAUUUUUUUCUCUUUUAAUUUUCUUCUUCUUAUGUAUGUGAAACCGAAGAAUAAAGUUUCUUUUACUGGCGGCGUUCGUUGAAUUUUCUCUCGGGAAUAUUUUAGGAUUUGGGCUUUAUCGGAGAAAUAUUUUGAACCGCUAGUUUCAUUGCUAGAUUCUGAGCUUGAGAUUUGAGGUUGAUUCAGUUUGGAACUUGGGAAUUUGAGAAGACUUGGAAAAAGGGUAUGUUCUUUUUGCUGCUUAUACAUCUUGUCUAGGGCUUGAUUUCUGUUGGUUUUGGUGAAAAUUUUGUGAAGUUUGAUCUGUUCAAGCUUGAAUUCUUCUUAACGUUUGGCUUGGGGUUGCUUAAAGCUUCAAUUUGGAGGUUGAGUACUUUUAUGUUCUAGUUUUGCAGUUUCUUGACUUGUUGGCGUUGAGAGGGAAUUUGAUAUUGGGCUGUGGGAGAGAAUUAUUCAGUUUUCUCAUAGGAUUACUGAUUCUGUUUGAGACGGAAUUUGUAGAGUUGUGGGACUUGUUGUGAAGGUUUUGGGUGGUCUAAGUUGGUGGAAAUGAGAAGCAAAUCAAUACUUGAUUUGUUAAAGCUAGUACUUUGGGUUUUUGGUCGUGGGGAGAUCGGUUAUAUUUUGGCUUGAAUUUGGAGUUAUGGUGUUCUAUUUAAAGCUUUUUAGUGGUUUGAUUUUGUGAUUAUUUGAUAAAUUUGUGUAAAGCUGUUGGAGUACUGUUAGAAUUGAGAUUCUCAAAAUGGAUAACUCAAAAAAUAGGCAUAAUAAUGAUCAUUUGGGUGUGAAUAAGAUGGGUAAGAAUAUAAGGAAGAGUCCUUUGCACCAACCAAAUUUUACUGCCAAUAACAAUGCUAAUAGGCAACAACCCCAGCCUCAGGUUUACAACAUAAGCAAGAAUGAUUUCAGGAACAUUGUGCAGCAGCUCACUGGUUCACCUUCACAAGAACCUUUACCUAGACCUUCCCAAAAUCCACCUAAAACCCAGAGUAUGCGGUUGCAGAAGAUACGACCACCCCCAUUAACACCCAUUAAUCGACCUCAUAUCCCCCCUAUGGUCCCUGCUCCUGCUCCUGCUCCUGCUCGGCUUCCACCCCCUGUUCCUUACAAUAAUAACCUUGGGAGGCCUCCUGCUCCUUAUAGACAACCAAUGCCACAAUAUGGACAACUACAACCAGUGGCACCAUGGGACAACUCUGCUUGGCCAAAUAUAGCUGAGUCUCCUAUUUCAGCUUUCAUGCGUGACCUUCAAAAUGUUAUCGGAGAUUCUGGUCCUGGGGGAAACCAAGCUCCACCUAAUCCACAUGCACAAUUACAUCCACCACCUCAAGUUCACCCUCCACUGCCGCCAUCUGGUUUGCUUCCAAACCCACCUAUGCCUGGUCUUCCCUCACCUAGAGUAAAUGGUCCAGGUCCAGUCCCAUUGAUGCCUAAUUUCCCUUCCCCACGAAUGAAUGGUCCUCCACUCUUACCGUCACCAACCUCUCAGUUCCUGUUGCCAUCUCCUACUGGUUACGUGAACUUGUUCUCACCACAUUCGCCUUAUCCAUUGCUGUCUCCAGGGGCUCAGUUUCCUCCACCACUGACACCUAAUUUUGCAUUUUCUCCAAUGGCUCAGUCUGGGAUUUUAGGUCCAGGGCCUCAACCGCCACUGUCUCCUGGUGCUUUUUUUCCAUUAUCACCUUCAGGAUUUUUCCCUAGCGCAAGUCCAAGAUGGAGAGAUCAAUAACCAAGGCAGAACUGUUAUCAAUGGGAAAUUCAUUUGUGAAAAUGUAAUGUACAAUUGUGUGAUAGGUCCUAUGAAAAGUUUGUAGUCUUCUUUUCUUCUGUCUAUUCUUGUAAGUUUAUUGUCCUUUUUUAUUGAUACCCAUGCUGCAGCUUCUUUUAGAAUUGAGUUUGCUGCAUCUGUAAUGCUUUUUUGUUCUUGGGAAGGUUUGCAUAAGGUGCAAUAGUGAAGAUCUUACAACUCAACUGGUUACACGGACAGGACAGCUUUAGCUUGAAAGGAAUUAGGAAUACAGAAAUCAAAUUUUAUGUGUAGGCAACCUAGUGGAAAAAUUCUUGUGUCCCUCUAAUAUUCAAAGCCCUGAUCUUUUGUUUAUUGUACCAUUUCUUGUUCAAUAAAUUGUUGAAUCAUUUCAAAAUUUUAGGUUUA